AGAUCGAGGAGAACACUUAAAAGAGGGAUCGAAUUGAAGCGAAGGUGUAAGGAUAGAGCAAUGGAACAUUACUCUUCUCCCGGAGGAACAUGGACGAUGAUCCCAACCCCUAAUUCCAAUCCCCAAAUUCAAUCUCAAUCUCAAUCUCAAUCCAAUCAAGACCCAAAUCUUUAUCUUCAACAACAACAACAAUUUCUUCAUCAACAACAACAACAACCUUUUCAACAAUCUCAAACAACCCAAUCUCAAUUCCAACAACAACAACAGCAACAACUUUAUCAACAGCAACAACAACAACGUAUUCUGCAACAGCAACAGCAACAGCUACAACAACCUCAACAGCAGCAGAAUCUUCAUCAAUCACUCGCUUCUCACUUUCAUCUCUUAAAUUUGGUGGAGAAUUUGGCUGAGGUUGUUGAACAUGGAAACCCGGAUCAGCAAUCAGAUGCAUUGAUCACUGAAUUGAGCAAUCAUUUUGAGAAGUGUCAGCAGCUGUUAAACUCAAUCUCUGCUUCUAUUAGCACCAAAGCUAUGACCGUUGAGGGACAGAAGAAGAAGCUGGAGGAAAGCGAGCAAUUGCUAAAUCAAAGAAGAGAUUUGAUUGCCAAUUACACAAAAUCUGUAGAGGAGCUUGUCAGAUCUGAGCCAUAAGAGCCUGUAAUUCUUUUCAGACAGAUCUUGCUGGAGAUAUAUAUACUUUAAACUUCCCAGUUCUCGGAGAAUCGCUUGGGAUUGUCUUUGUUCUAUUACCUUUCACAGUUGUUAAAAUCCCGUAGAUAUUCUGCAAGUUUACUUAUUGUGUUUUGGCUCUUAGAUGUUGAAGUUGAUAUAUACAUGAAACGAAAUCAGAGGCAAAAUUUGUGAUUGAUAUUCUUGCCACUUUCUUCUGUUGGUUGUACUCGAGUCUGUAGAAUUUGGUAAGUUGGGCAAAAAAAUCUCUAAGUUACCAGCGGCAGUUAACAACCGCUCACAUCCAGCGGUAGUUAACUGCCGCUAUAGCUCAUGAUAGUACAAAAAAAAAACCAGAAAAAUCAAUCAAAUGUAAUGAAUUUUAACAUUGAAAUACCUGUUCUUUGUUGCA